AUGACCAAAGACGACGAGAGGUACCAUCUCGCGCCCUCAAACGACGAUGAGGAAUCAAUCAACGGCGAAAGAUUACCUACCGUGCCCUCGCCACAACAAAGAUGGCUGAAGCUCCAUUAUAUCUUCCUCGCGUCGGGAUACGCACUCCUCGUCUUGCUCUAUGUCUUCCUCAUAGUGAAACCUGACCACUUCUUCACAUCCAAGCAACCAACAAAACUCAUGCACUGGUCUCUCGCCACGCCAUUCCCAUCCCUCCACUCCGCCGGCGCCCUCGAAUAUGAAUCCCGCACAUUACCCGUGAGCAUCCACAAUAAUCCAUACGCAGGUAAACCUCGCCCGGAACUGGAAGCAGCCUGGCACUACAUGUUCGAGCACACAAACAUCCGGGUCACGAAGGAGGAUCUGGACUACUAUAAUGUGACAUCACUACAGAUGACAGACCUGAACGGGAAUGGGGGGUACUACGUUGGUCAGAUGGGUCUUUUCCACGAACUGCACUGCCUGAAACGUAUCCGACAUUAUAUCUAUCGGAGGCAUUACCUGGCCAAUUUUACGGAAGAGCAUCUGGUGGAAGAGGAGGCGCAUAUUGAUCAUUGUAUUGAGCUUAUGCGGGAGACGAUAUUGUGUCGUGGUGAUCCGACCCUUAGUGCGUUUCGAUGGAUUGACCCGAGUCAUCAUGAUGAGGCGCAUCUGACGGUUGAUGCGCCCGGGUAUCACACUUGUGUCAAUUGGGAAAAACUGCGGACGUGGAAUAAUGCGCAGGCUGUCGAUCCGUUCGAGCCAGGUGCACUUGUCGGUCCUGAUGAGUGA